AAUUUGACGUCGUAAGAAUUCUCGUUGGUAAGAAGGUUUCUAAAAUGAAUUAUGACAGUCGAAGGAUUACUUUGGUUCAAUGGUAGAACACCUGUAAUGUCUACAGGAAGUGUAUAGUCGAGUCCCAUGGAUAGCCUUCGACUUUUGGUUUUUCAACCCAAUAUUUACAUGUUAUUUUUGAUAGUGCUUUCUAUGUACUUCGAGAUUCAGUUCCAAAAAAGAUGUGUGUGUGCGUGUAUGUGUGCGCAUAUCAUGGUCUUCAUUAUCUAAUGCGGCUGCUAUUUCUAGCAGGCCAGCCACUAGUUCCGUUCAUUAAGACAGUAGCUGAGACGAGUUAUCUCUUCCUGAAACCAAAAUGGCUGUGGCAGGAAUCCCCGUCGAUCAAGAGCUGAAAAAGGCUUUCCAGGAUCUUCAGUCAAAAAUGAUUGCAACUCGUCAACAGCUGAAGAUGUCAGAUGCUCAGAUUGAAACGUUGAAACGGCAGAAAGCUCACGCCAAAGUUUUAGAUCAGGAAAUCUCAACAUUACCCAGUGACACCAGAACUUAUGAAGGAGUUGGCAGGAUGUUUAUUCUUCAAGAAAUUCCUCAAGUUAGAGAAAACUUAAUGAAAAAAAUUGAGACAUCCGAGGAAAAAGUCAAAACUUUAACUAAUAAACAAGUCAUCUUGGAGAAAAGUUUGAAAGAUUCUGAAGACAACCUGCGAGAGAUGAUAAUGUCGAAGCAGUCCACCAAGUGACCAUUCACUCUUCAUAGGGAUACCAAACAUUGGCAGCAGUGAUAAAAUGACAUAUCUUGAGAAAUCUUUGGAAGACGAAGAAAGGAAUCUAAGAGAAAUGGUAGUGAUGAAGAUGAAACAAAGAGAGGCGAUGGAAGCUGAGGAAACUUAAAUACUCUAUAUUUUUGUCCUGGACUGCCUCUACACAUUGGAACAUUGUAAAAAAAAUAUAUUUCAAAUCAAAUAAAUUUAUGAAUUUGUUUUAAAUUU